AUGGCUAAUGAGUUUUCUCAGGUGAAUCCUAUCCAGUUUUUCAAGAUCAUAUGUGAUCAAAACCUUCAUCAACAAAAGCUUAUGAUGCCUACAAAGUUUGUGGAGAAAUAUGGAGAAAAUUUACCAGAAGUUAUUUAUCUAGAGACUCCAAAUGGUGAAAAAUGGAAUUUAAAUUUAGUGAAAAGUGAAGGCAAAAUAUGGUUUGACAAGGGUUGGAAUGAAUUUGUAGAGUAUCAUUCUCUAUCUCAUGGUCAUCUUCUAGUUUUCAAAUAUGAACAAAUCUCCCAUUUUAAGGUACACAUCUUUGAUAAGACUACCUUAGAGAUAAACUACCCUUUCAAAAAAGUUGAUGCUCAAAGUGUCCCCAAUGAUGAAGAUUUGGAAAAUAUUGAAAGUAGAAAAACAGGAUGUUUUAAUUUUACAGGUAAGGAAUUGGUUAUUGCUGAGAAACCUACAGCCCUUGAGAGAGCAAUCUCUUUCAAAGCUUGUAAUCCAUCCUUUCAUAUUAUCAUGCGUCCAUCAUACAUUGAUUCUGCAUCCAAACUGUAUAUACCAAAGGAGUUUGGUAGAAAAUAUUUGAUAGAUUUGGACGCAAACAAUGGAGAUAUUCAUCUUAGGUUACUGGAUGGGAGAGUUUGGCCUGCAAAGUACCUAACUAGGAAAGUCUUUAUAAAUAAAGAAAGAUUUGAAGUGAUUUCAAAAGGAUGGAGAACAUUUACAAAAGACAACAACUUGAAAGUUGGUGAUGUUUGCACCUUUGAGCUCUUCCCUACUAGCACUCCACUUACCUUCCUUGUUCACAUUUUUAGAGAUUCUUUUGAAACAUAG